GUCUCUCUCUCUUAGCUCAUUUUGGUUUGAUUUCUGCCUUCUGUUUAGCCUCUCUGUUUGUCCGCCUCAGUACGUCAAUGUUUUAUCAUUUGAGUUAAACUCUCUGUUUCCCUUCAUAUGAAGGUGAUGUCUGUGGAGUGAUCUAUGUGGAGACUGUGGGAAAUAUACAUGUAGCAGUAUUUCAAUAAGUGUCAGUCAGUCAAUAAGCAAAAGAAUAUUUAAACUAAAACACAUUAAAAGAAGUGUUUUGCUUGUAACUGCAUACGUGUCUGCACAGGGGCGGUUAGAACAGGAUGUACUCAGGAUGUGGCGUACACGAUCACGGGCCUCAUAACGAACAACAGGAGACAGCUGGGGGUGAAAGGGUCUAAAAACUGCAUUCUAAGUGUUGUAAAAAUGAGAUGCAGCUAACUGUCGCUGAUGCAUGAUAUGUAACUUGCUCAUGAAUCUUGGGCGUGUCCAACCCUUUAAAUAAAGACGUUCUCGUCCUUCCUCUUUGAGAUCUACUGAACUACGCUGAGGGUGGUAUCGUGUACGUCUCCCACAUAUGUGCUUAAUACAUAAUUGUUGUUGACUGGACCUGAUGUGAGUAUCGGUUGUUUGUUUUCAGCCCAACAUAAAACAAUCGGGACAAGAGGCUCAGCAUGACCUCAUUAAAAUGCUCUGUUUUCCUUUUCCACUUCUCUUCUUUCAUAUUCUUUCUGACGUCUUUUCUCCUUGUGGUUAAUCAGAGGGAAAUCUGAGUCAGUGUGGAUUUGGUUGUACAGCUCUCACACAUACAACCUGAACUGCACAUUGUAAGUGUGAUGUUCUUCAAAUUUGAACAAAGUAAAAACUAAAAAACUUUGAAGUCACACAAGCCAAUAUUUUAUUCACAAGUUGAACUUUUACUACCUUUAUCCCCAAAAUGAGCUCACUUCAAAUAUUUACCACAGCAUAGCGUCCCCAGGCACCUGAGAUGUUUGGCAGAUGGUGAAACUGUUUAUCUUUGUGAGGAGAAAGAAGUGAAAGCAGGCCGAAAACUCAGCACAUGGAUGAUAUCAACCAAAAACAUCCAGCACCAGCAAGUAAAGAUGAGCCAGCGGCGAUCCCUGUGGAAAAGACUUUUCCCGCUAUGAAGCAGCCCAGAAGACGCAAGCGCGCCAACAGGGAGGACAGAAGCUUGAGCUGUGAUCAGUGUGGGAAGACCUUUACUCAGAUUUGUAACUUGAAAUCACAUCAGCUGAUCCACGCCGGUGUGAAACCAUUCAGCUGUGAUCAGUGUGGGAAGACCUUUACUCAGAAAUAUCAUUUAAAGGUACAUCAGCUGAUCCACAGCGGUGUGAAACCAUUCAGCUGUGGUGAGUGCGGAAAGUCUUUUAUUCAGAGUUACCGCUUAAAAGCACAUCAGCUCGUCCACAGUGAAGUUAAACCAUUCAGCUGUGAUCAGUGUGGAAAGACCUUUACUCAGAGAUGCAGCUUGAAAACACAUCAGCUGAUCCACACCGGUGUGAAACCAUUCAGCUGCGAUCAGUGUGGAAAGUCUUUUACUCGGAUUUGUAAAUUGAAAUCACAUCAGCUGAUCCACACAGGUGUGAAACCAUUCAGCUGUGAUCAAUGUGGAAAGACCUUUACUCAGAGAUGGAACUUAAAAACACAUCAGCUCGUCCACAGUGAAGUUAAACCUUUUAGCUGUGAUCAAUGUGGAAAGACCUUUGCUCUGAGAUGGAGCUUAAAAUUACAUCAGGUCGUCCACACGAAAUUUAAAGCUUUCAACUGUGAUCAGUGUGGAAAGUCUUUUACACGGAAAGGUCACUUAAAGAGACAUCAUAUGAUCCAUGUUGGAGGUAAAUCAUUUGUCUGUGAUCAGUGUGGAAAGUCUUUUCAGGAUAGAGAUCACUUAGAGAAACAUCAGGGCGUCCACAGUGAAGUUAAACCUUUUACCUGUGAUCAGUGUGGAAAUUCUUUUAGUGGGAUUGAUAGGUUAAAAAUGCAUCAGCUCAUCCACAGUGGAGAGAAAUCUUUCAGCUGCGAUCAGUGUGGAAAGUCUUUUGCUUACGUUAGUCACUUAAAAAGACAUCAGCUCAUCCACAGUGGUGCUAAACAAUUUGUAUGUGGUGACUGUGGAAAGGCCUUUACUCAAAAGACUGGCUUAAACUCACAUCAGCUCAUCCACUCUAGAGUUAAAUUAUUUGUAUGUGGUGACUGUGGAAAGGCUUUUAUUGAGAUUGAAAGGUUAAAAUCACAUCAGCUCACCCACUCUGGAGUUAAAACAUUUGUGUGUGGUCAGUGUGGAAAGUCUUUCUUCCAUAACAAACGUCUAUUGAGGCAUCAAAAGACCCACAAAGUGUCCUCCUGUGAGAAAAGUGGCAGACCAAUGGGACAUUACCCUGACAGGGUUCAUUUGAACACAGUGGGAGAAACAGGGGAUCUGAACAAAAGUUCUUCUGGAUGCUGCGUCAAACUUAAAAAGCUUGAGAUCAGGCUUCACAGAAUUCAGCUUUAAUUUCCUGAGAAAGUCAGAGCUUCACUAUGUCUUUGUAGAUCUAGUGAAACCAUGAAAGGGUGCAAAAAGAGGCACUGUGGUACUGCAUGAUGAAGUCAGAAGUGACAGAGAAGUAUGUGAGCGUGGUUCAGGACAUGUAUGUGUGGUAGCAGUGACUACCACACAUACUUGGGUUGAAGGU